UGGUCUGAUAUUCCCACCCAAUCAAGGCUUGGGAGCAAAACCCUAAUGCCCAAGAAAUCUUCGAUUCAGUCUCUACUCGCAGCAAAUCUGAAUAAGAAGCUAGAACUGAUAUUAUUCAAGUGCUUUGUGCUUAAAGUCUCUUUCAGUUUGUGACUUUUGUAGGACCCUCCUAGUAAGCAUAAUUUGCUAUUAUCGACCUGAUUCUUCCAAGAAUGAGCAAUGCCUAUGUCACUGGGUUUCGUACCAUUCACCAUAAAGCAGCAUCGCCAUUUCCUCCGUGCAAGUUGCAUGGAAAUGGAAUUUUCAGAACCUUCUCCACAUGCACCUCGCUGUUUAACUCCUCAACUCCCCCGCUCAUCAUUCGAUCCCCUUCAUCACUUGUGUUGGCAUCUUCCCAGAUUGUCCCAUCUAAUCUGCCACAGCGCUCAGAAGAAUGGUUUGCCCUGCGCAGGGACAAGCUGACAACAAGCACUUUCAGCACUGCACUGGGCUUUUGGAAAGGCAACCGUCGUCAUGAACUCUGGCAUGAGAAAGUAUUUGCAUCAGAUGUACAAUCCAUAGAAGCCUCUAGAAAUAGUGCCAUGGAGUGGGGCAUGCUCAAUGAAGCAGCAGCUAUAGAGCAGUACAAAAGCAUCACAGGUCGUGAUGUGAGCUUGUUAGGGUUCGCGAUCCAUUCAGAGGAGCAAUUCAAUUGGCUUGGUGCUUCCCCAGAUGGUCUUCUUGGGUGCUUCCCAGGUGGUGGUAUCCUAGAAGUGAAGUGCCCAUAUAACAAAGGGAAGCCUGAGAUGGGUCUUCCCUGGUCUACUAUGCCUUUCUAUUACAUGCCUCAGGUGCAGGGUCAAAUGGAGAUAAUGGGUAGAGAAUGGGUUGAUCUGUAUUGCUGGACACCAAAUGGGAGCACAAUAUUCCAUGUAUGUAGAGACCGCAGUUACUGGGAGCUGAUACAUGGAAUUUUACGCGAGUUCUGGUGGGAAAAUGUGGUCCCUGCUAGGGAAGCUCUAUUGCUGGGGAAGGAGGAGGAGGCCAGGUUGUAUAAACCAGCAUCAACACACAAACAGACAGGACUGGUGAUUAGUAAGAGCAUAAAGUUGGCUGCUGAGUCUAAAUUGUCGUGCAGAGAGAUUGCGAGUCAUAUCGAAUUUUUCAGAUGAAAGAGCAACCCAACUUGUUUUGAGUUUCCUUUUUCUCCUCUGGUUCAACCAUGUAUUCCUUCAUUGACUUACAGGCUCUUGUAAAUUUAUUACUCCCAAUUCAUUACUUAAUUUACUGUUUCAUCAUGUUUCUUCCUA